GAAUACCAAACUUGUGAAACCGUGAAAAAGAAAAUAAAGAAGAAUUUAUUGGCUUUUAUUUAAAUAAAUUUGUGAAACUAACCAUUACCAUAUAUCUAAGAGGAAAAUAAUCAAAGUGAUCCAAAGAGAUUAUUAUAAAAAGGUAGGAGAGAGAGAGAGAGAGAGGAGAGAGAGAGAAACGGCUCAUAGAAAACACAAAAUUUUCACAAUAUUAAGAGUCUUGGUUUCAUAUCACUUAUAAUGGUCGUGGGUUCCUGCACACUAACUUCUAAUACGAAGAGAAGGGCCACCUACAAAUUUUCCACCGACAUGGACACUGAAGCUGCCACCAAGCAGAUCAAGCUUGAUGCAUUGAAAGAAAGAGCUGGGCGAGAGAUCCGUGUUUUUGAAACAUAUGUUUCCUCAUCAUCAAAUUCUGCAUUAUCCAAUGAAGAGGUGACUGAUGACUUCUAUGAGUUUACUGCUGAAGAUUAUCACAGACUUUUGGCAGCUAAAAAGGAAGGUAAUGAUGAUAAGUUCUUGAAGACUCGAAAAAUCCGAGAAGCAGAAGAGGCAGCACGGAGGUCAGAAAUGACCAAGGACCUUGCCACGGGGAAGACGAUUUUAACUGCUAAGGAGCAAAGUGGGUUGUAUUUUUUAGAGUUUGAUGACCAAAGCAACACACAAAUUAUGAGUCAACAAGCUACAUCUGAGACGUGGGCAAAUUCCCAAAUAUGGCUACAUCAUCAAAGGCUUGGGCAUCCUUCAUUUAGUCUUAUCAAGUCCUUGUUUCCCCAUUUGUUUACCAAAGAGUCUGUUGAGUCUUUUAAUUGUGAUAUUUGUCAAUUGUCAAAACACCAUCGUGCAUCUUAUCCUAUUAGUAAUAAAAAGAGUAUUUCUCCAUUUGAUUUAAUUCACUCUGAUGUUUGGGUCCUGUCAUAAAUUCUAUUUCCGGAGCCAAAUGGUUUGUUACCUUUAUUGACGAUUGUACCCGUGUCACGUGGACAUACCUUAUGAAAAAUAAAUCCUAAGUUUUUCAAAUUUUUGUUAAUUUUCUCCGUCUUGUCCAAAAUCAAUUUGGAAAAAAUAUCAAAAGAAUUAGGUCUGAUAAUGGUACUGAAUAUGUGAAUCAUGAAUUUCUCAAUUUUUUGUCUCAUAAUGGUAUUGUUCAUGAGCUAACCUGUGUUAACACCCCUCAACAAAAUGAGGUUGCUGAAAGAAUGAAUCGUCAUCUUCUUGAAGUAACUAGAGCUAUUCUUUUUCAAAUGUUUGUUCCAAAAAAUUACUGGGGAGAAGCUGUGUUAGCUGCCACAUAUCUCAUCAACAGGUUACCCACUCGUAUCUUAAAUGGCAUUAGUCCUAUAGAGUCUCUAUUGUCUUUUGUUCCUUCUUCCAUAAUAACGAGUCUACCUAGUCGAGUCUUUGGAUGUGUUGUUUUUGUUCACUCUCAUCAUCCUAACCGUGGUAAAUUAGAUCCCAGAGCUCUUAAAUGUGUCUUUAUUGGGUAUCCUUCUAAUAAAAAAAGGUACAAAUGUUAUCAUCCUCAGAGUCGUCGCGUCUUUAUCACCAUGGAUGUCACCUUUCAUGAAACACAAUCCUUUUAUGUUAGUCCACCACUUCAGGGGGAGAAAGCACUUGAAGUGGAUGAACUCUCCUUCUUAUCAUUACGACAUUUGUCUUUGCAGGAUGCCCAAGACCUGAGCAAUGAAGCUACCAUAGUCCACAGUGAGGAAGAAGACAAAUUUUUUGGCAACAAAUAUGAAAGAAGAAAAUAACCCACUUCAACUCUCGAGCAAGAAAAAUUGUCUAAUCCGGAGGUGAGGAUCCCUGAAGAUAUCAAUGAGGAGGAGGUAAGUAUUACUGAGGAUUUACCCAUUGGAUUGAGAAAGGGAAGAAGAUCAUGUGCUAAAUAUCCUAUUUCUCAGUAGUUUGCACUAACAAUCUCUCUGAUAAGCACAAAAGUUUUAUUGCUGCCAUUGAUGCCACAAAAAUUCCUACCUCAAUCCAGGAGG